CUGUUGAUAUAGUCAGCGCCGUCCUUUCACCGGAGGUUAUGGCUGAGGACUUUGUAAAGAGAGGAGAAGAAGACAACUGGGAUUAUUUUAUUGGAGCUAUGCUUUAAUCUGCUUUUAAGUGCGCGAUGCGUUUAUGUGAAUAGUUUUUACGCAGCGGCUGUGAUGAGCUCUGAAUCAAGAAGACGCUGAACCUGCUACAAUGUCACACGCACAGGUUGAGAUACCAGGACGCGGUUUCCCAGGCCUCUCUGUGAAUAUGACCGACGACUGCUUAUCCCGGGUCCCAUCCGUGCUGAGGACGCACGGCUUGGGCGCACGGAGAAACUCUUACGGGCUGCAAAAAAUCAGCAUGGACAUUGAUUCGCCUCUGUACAGCGGCGCCCUCUCCAAAGCCUUGUCCUGGUCGGCUGAGAAUAUCCUGACACUGUCCGAGUCCAGAGCAGAGGAUGAAAAAACCGACGAGUCUCCGCCGUCGCCGUCCCCUGUCUCCAGCCCGGGCACCAGCUCCAACACACCCCCCAGCAGCCAGGAGCCCGACGCCCGGUCUCUCACCGGGAACUGGGAUCCCGUCCCGAGAUCCAGCGCUCAGGAAGCCAGCUCGGAGUCUGAGAAUGAACUUCAGAACAAUAAGCAGCACAAAACCUUGUCUCGCAUCACGUUUGAUACCCAGUGGGAGCAGGAAGAGAAAGAGGACGUGGAGACCAAAGCGGUGGCAACCUCACCUGAUGGAAGAUACCUCAAAUUCAACAUAGAGAUUGGAAGGGGGUCUUUCAAGACGGUCUAUAAAGGACUGGACACAGAGACAACAGUGGAGGUGGCAUGGUGCGAGCUACAGGAAUCCACUUCUCGUCACUGCAGGAAUGACAGCUAUGCACUCCAGACUCGUAAGCUGACCAAGGCGGAGCGACAGCGUUUCAGUGAGGAGGUGGAGAUGCUGAAGGGCCUGCAGCACCCCAACAUCGUCCGCUUCCACGACUCCUGGAAGUCGACGGUAAAGGGCCACAAGUGCAUCAUCCUGGUGACUGAACUCAUGACCUCAGGCACACUCAAAACGUACUUGAAGAGGUUCAAGGAGAUGAAACUGAAGCUGCUGCAGCGCUGGAGUCGUCAGAUCCUCAAAGGGCUUCACUUCCUGCACACACGCACUCCUCCCAUCAUCCACCGGGACCUCAAGUGUGACAACAUCUUCAUCACCGGCCCCAUCGGCUCCGUCAAGAUAGGAGAUCUGGGGCUGGCCACUCUCAAAAGUGCCUCUUUUGCUAAAAGUGUCAUUGGAACACCAGAGUUCAUGGCCCCAGAGAUGUACGAGGAGAAGUACGACGAAGCGGUUGACGUCUACGCCUUUGGAAUGUGCAUCCUGGAGAUGGCCACCUCUGAGUACCCGUACUCUGAGUGCCAAAACGCCGCCCAGAUCUACCGCAAAGUCACCAGUGGAAUGAAACCUGACAGUUUCUACAAAGUCAAAGUCCCAGAGCUCAAGGAGAUCAUUGAGGGCUGCAUUCGUAUGAACAACGAUGAAAGGUACACUAUUCAGGACCUCCUGGAUCACCCCUUCUUCCAGGAGAACAACGGCGUACACGUGGAGCUGGCAGAGGAGGACGACAUGGUGAAGUCGGGCCUGAAGCUGUGGCUGCGCAUGGAUGACACCAAGAAGCUCCACGGGAAGUACAAGGACAACAACGCCAUCGAGUUCCUCUUUGAGCUGUACAAGGACGUGCCCGAGGAGGUGGCUCAGGAGAUGGUCGUUCUUGGCUUUGUGUGCGAGGUGGACUUCAAGCUCGUGGCCAAGGCCAUACGGGACAGGGUCGCAGCCAUCAAGAGGCAGAGAGAGAAGCUGAGGCGGCAGGCGGAGGUGCGGAGGAAGAAGCAGGAGCAAGAAGCCAUAGAAGAAGAACCAGAGCCUCCGCCGUCUUUAUCAAGAGUCAGUGACGUUGUUGCAAGAGAGUCCCCCACACCGGCCCUGACGCCGCCGGCUCCCGUUCUGUCCCCCGUCACCAGCUCUGUGGAUUCUGGGGUCAGCUCCAACUUCCCCACAGAGCCGGAGGAGCCUGAGGCCGACCAGCACUUCCACAUCCGCCACAACAGCCUGUCGUCUGCUAACUCUGACUGUGAGACGGACGGCUAUCUGAGCUCCUCUGGGCUUCAGGAUCCGCUGGAGGCCGGCAGCUUCAACGCGCCUGCGACCCCUCCCGCCACACACAACAGCACCCCGACUGCAAACGGCCCCCCAGUCCCAGCCCUCCGCUUCCCCUCGAGUAUCGCGGUAUCCAACAACGUAGAGCACGGUAACUCGCAGCUCCCGAGUGGCUUCAACUCUCCUGUGGACAGCUAUGCCUCCGAUGUGACUUCAGGUUUGAGUGAUGGCUACGAGGGCCUAUCAGAGAAGGGCGAGAAAACAGCUGCGAGGCGAACUGCUGGGAAGCUGUUCAGGAGGAGGGCGCGCUCAAGGCUGCGCAUCACAGGGCUCUCUGAUAAAGUGGACCGGGUGGUGGAGUGUCAGCUGCAGACGCACAAUGACAAGAUGGUGACCUUCAAGUUUGACCUGGAUGGAGAUAACCCUGAGGACAUCGCUGCUGUCAUGGUGCACAAUGAGUUCAUCCUGCCAUCAGAGAAGGAGGGCUUCAUCCACCGCAUUGGUGACAUCAUCAAACGGGCCGAGGCUCUGAUGGCUAAGGAGCAGCACCGAGUCCUCCAGCCUGCUCUCCACAACGGGGUCAACUCGCUAUCGUCCUCACAGCCCAAUCUGCACAGUCACACCCUGCCUCGAACACACUCCUCCUCUUCUCUGCCUGACUUCGGUGUGGCUAACCCAAGCGUAGGGGUGUGUGACUCUCUCCCAUGCCCCGAUGGAGACGUCUUCAGUGCAGACAUUACUUCACCUGGGCGACCUCUAAUACGCUCACAGUCUUUCCACAACGCCCCAGGGUCUCCUCUUCAUUAUCAACAACACCACCAUCACAACCCUGCGUCUCUGCUGCCCCACCACCAGCACUACCACUUGCCAUACAUGGGCCACAGUCACUUCCCAUUCCCGUACCCAGGCCCUCCAGGGUCCCCCAAACCAGGCAUGCAUCCUCCCCUCACACGUGUAGCCAGUAACCCCACCUUCCCCUCUGUUCCCUCCCCAGCCCCUGGUUCUCCAAGUCCUCUGAAUGAGACCCCAAGCCCCAGCAACAGUGAUGGUGUCACCAUGUCCCCACCUGCCCCUCAGCAUCCCAACAUGUGGCCCCCCCACACGCAGCCCCUAUUUUCCUUAGCUAAUGUCAUCUCCAUGGCCAUGAGCAUGGCUCAGUCUUUCAUCCCUCCUGCGAGCCUGCCUGCGCAGGGGAUGCCCUCCUAUCCAGCCUUCCACCCCCAGCUACCAGCUCCCAUGGCCCCACAGUCAGCUUACCCCUCCGUCUACCCACAACAUUAUCAGACCUCAUCAGUUGAGGUCCCCUACCCUACUGUGGGCAUCCCAGCACAAAACAACGUCUACCACAGUCCUGAGAAUACGCCUGUGAUGGACGGAGCCGGGUUUCCUCAGAGCAGUCAUCCGAGCUGGCCGCAUCACGUCUCUCCACCUUCUUUGCCUUCCACUCCUCCACUGGUUCCUCCGGAGCCUCAGCAGCAGGUUGAAUUCUUCAGUCCCCCCACCAGUCCCCCAAGCCUGACCCAGGAGAAUAUCCACCACAGUUAUGUGGAGUCGUACCCAGCACAGGUUCCAGUCCAGGCUGAACCCAAAUCAGAAGUCUCCAGUUCAACCUCCAUGUCAGAUUUUUCCCCGUCUCCCCCAGAGAGCCCAGAAAGCACUUUAUCAUCGUUCAGCGCUCCAUUGCACUCCACUGUACCUGAGAUAAAAACCAGCACCCCCAAACCAAAAGCCUCCGCUACUGAACCUGAGGUCCAGUCUGCACCAGUUACUGUUGGGCGAUUCCAGGUGACACCCAGCAUGCACAUCCCAGUGCCCGCUGCACCAGUAGGCGCUGCCCCUGCUGCACCCGCACCUGCCCCAGCAGACAGCAACAGCACGUCAUCAGAGAGCAGCACAGAGGAGCAGGGGGAGUCUGAGACCAGCAUGGGCACCUCCCUCACCAUGUCCCCUCCUCACCCGCACCCCCACAGAGGCUCGACCACGGGGGUCCUCCAGGAGGUUGAUGGGCAGGUGGGAUGGAGCCAGGAGCAGCAGCAGGACAGAGAAGAAGAGGAGGAGGAAGAAGAGGAGGAGGAGGAGGAGGAGGAAGAGAUUGUCGAGGAACGACAGAGGACGAGGAAGAGGAGUCGGAGGAGAGCGUACAGCCUGAGCCUGAUGGGAACGUCUGCGGACAGCGGACUCUCAGUGACGGCGACUGAGAUGGAGGGGAGGCUGUGGGACGGAGGGGCAGGCAGCCCACAGUACAGCAACGCUCUUCACCACUUGUGGAUGAUGACUUACAACCGUAAUGCUCCCUACAUGAGCAGCGAUGACUCGGACAGUGACGACUCCGACAUGCUGGAGGAGCUUCAGGAGCUCAGAGACAAACACCUGACAGAGGUGCAGGCUCUGCAGGCCGCCCAGAAGAGAGAGAUCGAGGAGCUGUAUGAGAAGAUGGGGAAGGUUCCCCCUCCAGGCAUCGUCUCUCCUGCUGCUAUGCUGUCCAGUCGACAGCGCCGCCUGUCCAAGGGGAGCAGCUUCUCCUCGUCCCGCAGGAACAGCCUGCAGCGCCUGGACAUGUUGCCACUCCAAGGUAUCAUUAGGAGAAACUCUCUUGGAGGCAGCAGCAGCGGCUCCCAGGAUAAACCAAGCAAAGGCGUCACCUUUGCAACUGACAUUAGCAGAAUGUAAGAAACUCUCAGCCGAGCACGCUGUAUAUCUGGACUACCUCAUCUGAAGUGAGACUGCAGUGGUCAAACCCGUCCUGUAGUUGGAUCGCUUUAACACUUUUCACUGGCACACCGAUCAGCAAACUGUUUCCUCCUGCCGGUGGUCAUUUACCUCAACGUGUAUAUAAACUGUCGUCAGUGAAGCUGGAUUUACACAGGAACUGUAACAUCCAGUUUUCAGCCCUUCAUCAGAUCUGGUGAACUUGUUGUAGCCGAAGGACACAAAACCUUCUGGUCUGGUUCAUGUUAAAAAUGACAAGUUCAUUAUUGCUCUCUUGUAAAUCAACUGUCAGACCCAACGGUUCAGAACGAAACGACUCCAGUUCAGGCUGACACGUUACUCUGCAGACAGAUUGUUGCCUCCGUUUGUUUGUCUGUUUGUCAGCAGCAUAACGGAAUAACAGCUGGCCCGAUUUUAAUGAAACCUGGUGGAAGGGUGUAGCACGGGCCAAGGAAGAACCUUUUUAAAUUUCUCAUCACAGGGCAGAUACACAAAUUAUUUUUCACUUUUGUUAACAUUGCGAGACAGGGCAUCUGGCCUUGGCGGAGGUCUGCGCUAUCUGGGUGCCCUUCUGGUUUUUAAAGCACGCUUUUAGCAUUAACGCAGUCAAGCGAUGGUACAAAGUGCUGCAGAGCUGUGGCACUUUACUUCGACUUUGACCCAGAAUGAAGUUAGUUCCUGUUUUCCUGCUUGUCUGAUUCACUGCCGUUAAUCAAUGUGAGCACAGUAAUGUGAACCACAGCGAGGCUCUGACACUUCUGACAGUUGUCGUACACAGAUGGCAACAUUUUGGGAUAAUCUCGCAACUUUUUUUGCUGUAGUUUGUUGAUGAUGUCUCAGCACCUGCUGACUGCACAGUAAACACCCUCUGAUCAUUGCCUGUCAGGGGCGGACCAGAGCGGGUUAGAUGCAUUGUACAGUUCAAAUAUGUGUUAUGAAAACCUUUUGUUGUAGGACAUCUUCGGUUUCUUCUGUGAUUUUGACAUCUUUUAGGAUGACGUACACGUUCUCUAGACUCAGCCUUGACACUUUUAGAUUUAGUAAAAAUGAUUUUUCACAUUGCACAGCAGUACAAUAAGGAGAUAGUAUCUCUAUCAAUGCAUACAUAUGAAGAUGUUAUUGCUUCAGAAAGCAAACGCUGUACGACAGUUAUAAAUGUUUUCACGCUUCUGGAGAAAGAAAACUGUUUUUCCAACCAAUUAAAGGUCCAGUGUGUAAGAUUUAGAGGUAUAUAUUGGCAGGAAUGGAAUAUGAUAUAAUAAGUAUGUUUUCCUUUGUGUAUAAUCUAAACAGCCAUUUUGUGUUCUCACGUUGGCUACUAUAGUUAGCAGUGUCACAUUUUUUUUUCAACAUGAAACUGCUUUAUCCAGUGUUUAUACCGGUUUAAAUCACCAGGUGCAUUUGUUGUGGAGAGGAAGAGACCUCCGCGGAUAAUUCAGCUGACAGUUAAAACUUUCUCAACGUCCCGAUCUUAAAUUGUCAGAGAAAAAGGGUGAGCACACAUUAGCAGGUGCUGGGCUAGCAACCCUUCUGCAAUGUGCCAAACAGCAUUAGAGAAACACUCAAUUGUAACAUGAAACUGCUUUGUUCGGUGUUUAUACUAGUUUAAAUCAUCAAGACUGUUUCAUUUGUAGAGGAAGAGACCUUUGUGGAUAAUUCGGCACUGAAUGAAAACCUCUUAAACGUCCAGAUCUUAAAUUGUCAGAGAAAAAGUGUGAGCACACAUUAGCAGCUGCUGGGCUAGCGACCCUUCUGCAAUGUGUCAAACAGCAUAGGAGAAGCCCUGAUUUUUUUAACGUAAAACUCCUGAUUUACUGGUUUAAAUCACCAGGUGCAUUUGUUUUAUAGAGGAAGAGACCUCUGCUGAUAAUUCAGCUCCCAAUAAAAACCUCCUGAACAUCUGGAUCUUAAAUUGUCAGAGAAGAAGUGUGAGCACACAUUAGCAGCUGCUGGGCUAGCGACCCUUCUGCAAUGUGCAAAACUGCCUUGGAGAAACAUUAAAUUGUAACAUAAAACUGCUUUAUUCAGUGUUUAUACUACUUUAAAUCACCGGGUCCAUUUAUUUUGUAGAGUAAGAGACCUCUGCUGAUAAUUCGUCUCUGAAUAAAAAUCUCCUGAACGUCUGGAAUGUUAAGUUAUCAGAGAAAAAUGUCAGCACACAUUAGCAGGUGCUGGGCUCGGGGCCUGUGUCCAACAUGCCAAACAGCUUUGGAAAAACACUGAUUUGUCACAUGAAACUGCUUUAUUCAGGGUUUUUACCGGUUAAAAUCAUCUAGUCUGUUUGUUUUGGGGAGGAAGAGGCGUCUGUGGAUAAUUUGUCUCCCGGUAAAAACACGUAUAUUGGAGAAGUUUUGAGCUGUCUGCAAUCCUCACCACUAGAUGCCACUAAAUCCUACACACUGUUCUUUUGAAUGGGAGGUUUGGUUAAAUAGUGCAGAAGACUUAUUUUUCAAAUACUUAAGCUGGUUUCAAAUAAUAAAAAAAAUGAUUUCUUUGCAUAGAUAAGUUGUGAAAAAUCCACCUAGGUUUUAGACUACUGGCUUUCCUGUUGAUUGUACAUGUGUAUAUAGUAGAGUGCAUUUAUAGAUCAUGUUUACAAGUAAACUAUACAUGUCAGCAACCUUAAUUCCUGCUCCAGCAAAAAUCAUACUUGUCGCUUGUUCCGUAGAUCAAGCACCUCGUGCACUUUAGUAACUUCUACGUUUGUUCGCAAUCAUUUUAACACAUUUGUGGAUAAAACUGUGUUCACUCGAGGAAGAGCUGAUGUUAUAUUUUUUCCCCAUGAGGGAGGUAGAGAAUAUUCUCCAGUUUAUGUUUGAUCACAGUAAUGACGAUCUAUGUUCCCACAGUUAUAUAAUAAUUAGUACACUGUGGGAUUUAGAGAAAUCAGUCCAAGCUGUGAAUGUGUAGCUGUUGCCUUGUAAAAAAUAAUCCACAACACACUGAAUCUUCUGGCAAAAGGAACUCCUGUAAGAUUUCUCCAAAGUUCGUAAUAUAUUCAAAGACAUUUCAAAAAUUUUGAAUGUAAAUAUAUAAUUGUAUUGCUUUCUGAAGCUGCUGCUGUCCUGCCAUGCUGAAUCUGUGCCUUUCCCUUACAAUGUCUUAUUUUAUAUUUUUACUCUCCAGAUUUGGUGGCUAGAUCAGACUCCAUAUAUUAAAUUUUGACAAUAAUAAAUGAAAUUGUAAAUA